AGUACUAAGAUAGCAGCAGGGCUUGCUGUGGUUUCAGCGGCGACGCAGCAAGGAAACAAGAGUGAGGAAUCGGUAUUUGGUGGAGCGCCCAGAGGGUGGAUAGUGGCGCCCCGAGGGCCCUGCAUCGAGGGCCCUGCAUCACUGGCCGAGUAUUUUUGCAGAAUGUCAUCAAAUGAGGACAAAUGCUCAGUUCCAGUUAUACAAAAUGACUCCGAUCCAGGCAGUUCUGUCUCUGCAGAUCUUCAGGAAGAAUAUGAAGAACUACUUCGUUAUGCUAUAGUGACUCCAAAUAUGGAAUCCGGUACUUCACAGUCACAGCCAUCUCAUCCGAAGGCAGAAGUGGUGCCAGAAGUUAGAAGUCCUACUCCCAUUGAUAAUAUUCUUCAUAAUCAAGCAGGAAGCAGCUCUGCAGUAAGAGAAACUGCAAUGGAAGUUGGAAAAGGAUCUGAUUUAAAUAUUUCCAGUCAUUCAAAGAUAGAUGGAUCAUCACCAGUGUCAUCACCAAGGAAGCCUUCUCACCCAGUCAUGGAUUUUUUCGGUUCACAUCUUUUAGGUGACUCUUCCUCAUCAAGGUCUAAUUCUGCUCUUACAGAUGCCCAUGAAAUAUUUGUGGGUGAUAGUCUUGUUUUUGAUGAAAACCUUCAGAGGAUGGAAAAUACGCUUGAUCUUUGGAGUUCAAAUCUUAAGACAAACGUUUUAUCUGAACUAAGUAAAUGGAAACUUAAUUUUAUUGACUGGCACCGAAUGGAAAUGAAAAAAGAGAAAGAAAAACAUGCAGCACAUGUAAAACAACUAAGCAACCAGAUCAAUGACUUGAAAGAGCUGCAGAAAACCUUUGAAAUUUCCAUUGGGAGAAAAGAUGAGGUGAUUUCCAGCUUGUCUCAUGCCAUAGGCAAGCAAAAGGAAAGAAUAGAGUUAAUGAGAACAUUCUUCCACUGGCGAAUUGGCCACGUCAGCUCCAGACAGGAUGUUUAUGAAUGCAAACUAGCUGACCAGUACUUCCAGAGAACUUUACUGAAGAAAACCUGGAAGGGCUGGCGUUCCAUAGUACAAAGACAAUGGAAAGAGGUGGUAGAACGAGCUUGUCAAGCAAGAGCUGAAGAAGUUUGUGUUCAGAUUUCUAAUGAUUAUGAAGCCAAAGUUUCUAUGUUAUCUGGAGCUUUGGAAAAUGCAAAAACUGAGAUUCAAAGAAUGCAACAAGAAAAAGAACACUUUGAAGAUUCCAUGAAGAAAGCUUUCAUGAGGGGGGUGUGUGCAUUAAAUCUCGAAGCCAUGACUAUGUUUCAAAACAAAAAUGAUUCAGGGAUAGAUUUCACAAAUAAUAAAAAAGAAGAAUACAACCCUGGUGUUCAAGGAAAAGAAUAUCCUACUCAUUUGGAUCCUUCAGUACCUCCAGUGCCCUCAGCAGUUCCACUGCAUGUGCUGCAGCCCUCGCCUACAGUGCCAGUUGCAACAGCCAGCGCCACUGCAAUUCCUUCUGCUGCUUCCGUGACUUCUGCUGGGGCUGCAUCUGCUUCUUCUGUUCACGUUCACUUUCCAGUUCCAGUUCCAGUCUCCGUUCAUGGUGCAGCAUCCUCAGCUACUACUACAUCUGAAGAAAUGUAUGUGCCAAGAGUUGUAACUUCAGCACAUCAGAAAGCUGGAAGAACAAUUACAGCCCGGAUCACAGGGAGAUGUGAUUUUGCUCCAAAAAACAGAAUUAAUAGCAGUUUAGCUAUAAUGGGAGUUUCUCCACCCAUGAGUUCAGUUAUCGUGGAAAAACAUCAUCCAGUCACAGUGCAAACCAUUCCUCAAGCAUCAGCUGUAAAAUACUCACGGACCAUUCAUCCUGAAGGUGGUACCUCAGUUUCAAGAUCUCUUGGAACCAGAACAACCCACACCCAGUCUCUCACAAGCAUUCAGUCCAUAAAAGUGGUUGACUAAAGUGAAUAUGUUCACAGCAAGGUCCUUUAAUUCCUCUGGUAAAGACUGUACCAAGAGUUGGAAGUCUUUAGUUUUUAACUUUUCUGAAUUGCUAGAACAUCAUGGAUACAUCAUGUUCAUCUUUUCAAAAUUAUAAGAGACUUUUUCAAGAUAUACCAUCCUUUGUAACUAUACUGUAGAAAGUAUUUUAAUGUUAUUUUAUUUAAGCAAUUAAGUAAAACUUUUUUAAAUUAAAAAAGAAACUUCAUUUUU